AUGACAGAUUCAUCAUCAUCUUCCUUCUUUUCUGAUUUUGGGCUGCUACUGUAUUUGGAAGAGCUAAACAAAGAGGAAUUAAGUAAAUUCAAGUUCCACCUAAAGAAUGAGACCAUGGGCCCCGGGCACUGCCUGAUACCGUGGGCUGAAGUGAAGAAAGCCAAGCGGGAGGACCUGGCUAACUUGAUGUAUAAGCAUUAUCCAGGAGAGCAGGCCUGGGAUGUGGCUCUGAAAAUCUUCAGCAAGAUGAACCUGAAGGAUCUGUGUGAGAGAGCGAAAGCGGAGAUCAGCUCGGCAGCCCAGACGAUGGCACCAGAGGACACCAGGGCUGGAGAGGCACAAGGUGACCAGGAGGCCAUGCUGGGUGACAGAACAGAAUACAGACGUCAAAUACGGGAUAAGUUUUGCCUCACGCAGGAUACGAAGUGUGUAUUUGGAGAACCUAAAAAUUUCUGUCAUGAAAUUGCUGAGGAAGGUAGAGAGCUGCUGGAACAUUUGUUUGACGUGGAUGUCAGUACCGGCAAGCAGCCACGGACAGUGGUGCUGCAGGGUGCAGCUGGAGUUGGGAAAACCACCUUGGUGAGAAAGGCAAUGUUAGAUUGGGCCCAGGGCAAUCUCUAUCAGCAGAAAUUUACCUAUGUUUUCUAUCUCAAUGCGAGAGAAAUUAACCAGUGGAAAGAAAGAAACUUUGUUGAAGUGAUAUCAAAGGACUGGCCCAGCACAGAGGGCCCCAUUGAAAGGAUUCUGUCCCAGCCAAAUAAUCUCCUUUUUAUUAUUGACAGUUUUGAUGAGUUGAACUUUGCCUUUGAGGAACCUGAGUUUGCAUUGUGUGAGGACUGGACCCAGGUACACCCAGUGUCCUUCCUCAUGAGUAGUUUGCUGAGGAAAGUGAUGCUCCCUGAGUCAUCCUUAUUAGUGACAACGAGGCUCACAACUUGCACGAAACUGAAGUCCUUGUUGAAGGACCAGCGUUCGGUAGAGCUGCUAGGUAUGUCUGAGGAUGCAAGAGAGGAGUAUGUUUACCAGUUUUUUGAAGACAAGAAGUGGGCCUUGCAAGUACUGAGUUUACUAAGAAACAAUGAGAUGCUUUUUAGCAUGUGCAAAGUCCCUCUAGUGUGCCAGGUCAUUUGCACUUGUCUGGAGCAGCAGAUGGGGAAGGGUGUUGAUGUCACAUUGACCUGCAAAACCACCACUGCUCUGUUUACCUACUAUCUCUCUAGCUUGUUCACACAGGUAGAUGGAAGCUGUCCUAGUCUACCCAACCAAAUCCAGCUGAGGAGACUGUGCCACUUGGCUGCCAGAGCAGUAUGGACUAUGACACAUGUGUUUUACAGGGGAAACCUCCGAAAGCAUGAGUUAACUAAAUCUGAUGUCUCAGUUUUCCUGGACAUGAAUAUUCUUCAGAAGGACACCAAUUAUGAAAACUGCUAUGAGUUCACCCACCUACACAUUCAGGAGUUUUUUGCAGCUAUGUUCUAUGUGUUGGAAGACGACAGCCCGGAACCCAAGGACCAUUCCUCUGAGCCUUUUGCAGACUUGAAGCUGCUACUUGAAAGCACCAAUUAUAAAGACCCUCAUUUGAUGCAGAUGAAAUGCUUUUUGUUUGGCUUUUUGAAUGAAGAUCGAGUAAAACAACUGGAGGAAACUCUUAACUGUAAAAUGUCACUGGAGAUAAAAGGGCAGAUACUUCAAGAGAUGGAAAUAUUAGGAAACAGUGACUAUUUUUCAUCACAGCUGGGAUAUCUGGAGUUGUUUCACUGUCUGUAUGAGACUCAAGAUGAAGCAUUUAUAAGCCAGGCAAUGAGAUAUUUCCAAAAGGUUGUCAUUAACAUUUGUGGGAAAAUCCAUUUGAUUGUGUCUUCAUUCUGCCUUAAGCAUUGCCGGUGUUUACACACCAUGAAACUGUCCGUAACUAUGGUAUUUGAGAAGAUGUUCGACUCAAGCCUCCCAGUUGAAACUUGGUAAGGGGAUGCCUAUCACUGCUGGCAAGAUCUCUGUUCUGUGCUUCAUACAAAUGAACACUUGAGAGACUUGGACCUGUGUCAUAGCAGCCUGGAUGAAUUGGGAAUGAAGACUUUCUUUCAGGAACUGAGGCACCCAAACUGUAAACUACAAAAGCUAUUGUUGAGGUUUCUGUCUUUUCCUGAUGAGUGUCAGAAUAUGGCUGGUUGUUUGACUCACAGCCAGAAUCUGCUGCACCUCGACCUGAAAGGCAGCAAUAUAGGGGACAAUGGAGUGAAGUCGUUAUGUGAGGCCUUGAGACAUCCAGACUGUAAACUACAGAAUCUGAGCUUGGAAUCCUGUGACCUAACUACACUUUGUUGUCAGAAUAUCUCCAAGGCUCUCAUCAGAAGUCAGAGCCUGAUAUUUCUGAAUCUGUCGGCCAAUAAUCUAUUGAAUGACGGAGUGGAGCUGUUGUGUGAGGCCCUAAGACAUCCGAAGUGUCACCUAGAGAGAUUGUCCUUAGAAAGCUGUGGCCUCACAGUAGCUGGUUGCGAGGAUCUCUCUUUGGCUCUCAUCAGCAAUAAAAGGCUGACACAUUUGUGCUUGGCGGACAACGUCUUGGGAGAUGGUGGAGUAAAGCUUAUAAGUGAUGUCUUGAAACAUUCGCAGUGCACUCUACAGAGCCUUGUGCUGCGACGCUGCCAUUUCACUUCAGUUAGCAGUGAACAUCUGUCAUCGUCUCUCCUAAAAAACAAGAGCCUGACACACCUGGAUCUGGGGUCAAACUGGCUACAAGAUGAUGGAGUAAAGCUUCUGUGUGAUGUCUUUCGGCAUCCAAGCUGUAAUCUUCAGAACCUGGAACUGAUGGGUUGUGUUCUCACUAGUGCAUGUUGUCUGGAUCUUGCUUCUGCUGUUCUGUACAACACAAAUCUGCGGAGCCUGGACCUUGGCAACAAUGACUUGCAGGAUGAUGGAGUCAAAAUUCUGUGUGAAGCUUUGAGACAUCCAAACUGUAAUAUUCAGAGGCUCGGGCUGGAAUACUGUGGUUUGACCUCUCUCUGUUGUCAGUAUCUCUCGUCUACUCUUAGCAGCAACAAAAGACUGAUAAAAAUAAACCUGACACAGAAUACCUUAGGUUGUGAAGGAAUUAUGAAGUUAUGUGAAGUCUUGAGGUCUCCUGAAUGUAAACUACAAGUUCUAGGGUUGUGCAAGGAGGCAUUUGAUGAGAAAGCUCAGGAGCUGCUGAAAGCUGUGGGAAUUAGCAAUCCACGCCUAGUCAUUAAGUACGAUUGUAAUGAUCAUAACGAAGAAGAUGGUUCCUGGUGGCAGUGUUUCUGA